AUGGCACUAGAAAAGUUAUUCAUUGUGGUUUUUCUUUGCUUUGCCUUGAGACCUUUACUCCUUUACUUCUACGACAGCAAGAAACUGCGAAAGUAUCCGAAUCAAAACUUCCUAUCCGGCGUCACAAAUCUGGCUUCCAUACGGGAGAGACAACGCAAAUUCCGGACAAGAGAAUUGUAUCUUCAGCAUCAAAAGCACCCUAUCAUCCGUGUUGCACCUAAUAUGCUCUCGUUCCGGGAUGUUAAGGCGAUCAAGGAUAUCUACGGUUUCGGAUCUCCCUGCCAAAAGCAUGAAAUAUACAAACUCCAGAACAGCGAGGGACACAUGAACAUUCUUAACGUCAUUGACCGGGAGGAUCACAAUCGGAAGCGCCGAAUGUUAUCGCACGCCUUUUCCACCAAGAACCUGGAAUCUUGGGAGUUCAAAAUCACUGAUAAAGUCGAAAAGCUAGUGGCCCAGUUUGAUAGGAGAGCACAUCCUCCGGCAUGGAAGAAUGAACCAAGUCAACAGAACAAUACUACGGUCGACGUCAGAUACUGGCUCAAUCUUUUUACAGUCGAUGCAAUUGCUGAUAUUGCUUUGAGUGAACGGCUUGGUAUGCUCGAAUCCGGGUCGGACGUCGUCAAGGUUGGUGGUCCGGGCGAAGAGGACAGCGCACAUCGAUUCAUUGAGGACAUGCACGAAGCAGCCCGGGUAAAGUCGAAGAUCAUUGGUACUUUAGAUUGGUACUACGUCUUGAAACAGGUUUCCAGCUUUCUCUCCUCGCGCUGCCGUUCGCAGUGGGACUGUGGAGGCAACGUCGGCCAGAUUGUGGAGCACUUGGCAGGCAAGCGAUUGCGACGGCAUGAAGAUGGUGAAAACAUUGAUGAUUUUCUAAGCUGUCUCAUCAAUGAUAAGGCGGGCAAGUCUCGAAAUCUAGAUAUUGGUGAGCUCAAGGCAGAAACGAGCAUUCUGCUUGAUGCCGGGUCUGAGACAACGGCGAUUGCCUUAACUCACCUACUUUACUACCUGAUCAAAAACCCAGAUUGCUUUGUCAAGCUAAGAAAGGAAGUGUCAGGGGCUAUCGCUGGAGACAAAGUUGCCCCCUACGCCAAAGUCAAGAGUUUACCCUAUCUGAAGGCUUGCAUUGAGGAGUCCUUACGUCUAUCACCUCCACUUCCGCGGGGCCUCGAGCGUGUAACACCUGCAGCUGGGGCCUAUAUCAUGGGCGAGUUUAUUCCUGGGAAUGUGGGUGUCUCGGUUCCUGCAUAUGUCGCCCAUCGGGACCCGGAUCUGUUCCCAGAACCAGAAGCUUUCUUGCCGGAGAGAUGGUUUAAUAAUGAAAACAUCGGUAAGAUGCGAGAUGCAUUUAUACCAUUUAGUGCGGGUGGUCGUGCUUGUAUUGGGAGGAAUAUUACUAUGAUUGAGCAGCAGAUCCUGAUCGCCACCCUCGUGCACCGAUAUGACUUUUCUCUCGCAUCACCUGAUUGGACACUGCAGAAUGAAGAGGCUUUCAAUCUAUGGCCCGUUGAACUGCCGGUAAAGAUUUGGGAGAGGGAUCUCGAAGCAUAG